AUGCCAUUCACUAAACAUUUUCUGCUCUUCCCUUUUUGCCCAUUCUCCUUCAGUCUUUCUUCCCCUGCGAAAGUUUUGUUUGCUCAGACAAGGAGUCCAUCUCCAGUUGAUUUCGAACCAGCUGGUUGGCUUGGUUGGGGGGCAGCGAUAGAAGAUUUCCAUUCACUGUUGGAGAUGCUUUCGUGGCCGUCGAUUUUCGUUUGGGGAGGCGUGAUGCGAAUCCAGCCGCCUUUAGGGUUUAGGGUUUAG